AUGUCUACACCCUCCACCGCCAUAGCCACUGCCAAUUCAGAAAGACAGUUUAUUGAGACAUACACGCAACUAAUGGGGUUAUCUGAAAACACUUCACCCAGUCAAUUCUACUCCACGCAUGAUUAUGACAAGUUGCAAUCAUUGGGACCCAGUUUGCCCAAAUUCUCUUAUAAAUUUCCAACAACAGUCAGCGCUAAAGCUGAUGAAGGCUCCUCAAUCAAGUUGAAGUUCAAAUCAAUCAAACCGCCAUUCAAGAUCACCCACGAAUUUGAUGCACCAACCACUUCCACCGUUUAUAAAAUCAAGUCCCAAUUGAUUGAGGAUGUUGAUACAUUGAAAUCAGCAGGCGUUUCUCCAAAAGAUGUGAAGUUAAUGUUGAAGUCUAAAGUUGUUCAAGAUACGUCUACAUUGACUUCGUUGGUUGCGGAAAAUUCAGAAUUAUCGUUCAAUUGCAUCAUAACGCCUCCACCGGCAUCUAAAGAACCAGAGGUUGAAGCACCAACUAGUCUCAGUGAUUCAGCUUUCAAGCAGAUCUACAACAUAAUCAAACAGGAUUUGAGUGAUCCAUCUAAAGCGGAUGAAAUUUUCCAAAAGUUCAAGAAUAGUAUAUAG